GAGUGGUCUCAUUCUACAACCAAAGUUUAUUCUCUUACAAUUAAUGUUUUUAGAUGUUUCUGUCAUGUUCUGUUCUUUUCAUUCCUUAUCCUUUGUUUAUGAACUUGUCAUUAUCUAAUGUUAUUAUUUGCUGUAUUUGAUACUUGUCCAAAGAACUUUGAACUGUGGGGUCUGAGACCAAUUUUGGUACUUCCUUACACAAACCACUGGCUGAUUCUAGUUUGAAGCAGUACAAGUUUGUUUGUGGAACUGAGUGGCAACAAAGCAGCUUUCUGAGAGGAAAUGGGACAGUUGAAGCACUGUGUUGAAGCCGGGAAGAGGCAACCUCCUAACCUAGAGAUUCAAAAUUCACUAAAGCAAGAGCCUGUCAUGGAUCUGAUGAAAGAAGUUGCAUUACUUGAGCUUGAAAUUGUGUAUUUGGAAAGAUGUCUUCUCUCAAUGUAUAGGAAAAAAUUUGAUCAAGAAGUAUCAUCUCUGUCAACUAUGGAUGAGACGCUGAAAUCCAAUUCAAGCAUGCACAAAGGAAAAUUUGCAGAAGUUCCUGGACAUGAGAUCACGUCAAAGAAAGACAAUUCAGUUAUUCAUUCAAGACAUCAUGUCUCACCUCUAAAUUCUGUUGAUAAUCGAUCUGAUGACCUUGGUGACAAGUGGGCAUAUCAUGGACUGGUAAAUACUAGUAUUCACCGCAGCCACUCCUCACUAUCUCACCGUUCAGCUAGAUUCUCUCCUCCUGUGAAAUGUCUGGCUAAUGCCAUAGAUUCACACUAUUCUCUUCCUCUGUCAAUGCUAAAGAAAGCUCAGAGCAGUAAUCCUGAUCAUAUUGGGACCUGUACAUGUAAUCAUGGUCUAGAAACACCGAAUGAUCUUUCGGAGGAGAUGAUCAGGUGCAUAUCUGCUAUUUACUGUGAACUUGCAGACCCGCCUCUGAUCAAUCCCAACUAUUCCUCCUCUCCUAUUUCAUACUCAUCUUCAGUGAAUGGAUCUCCAGCACAAGGUCAGGGCAACAUGUGGAGUCCACAGUCCAGGAAAUUUUCAACCUUCAAGUCAAAUUUUGAUAACCCUUUCCACAUUAGAGAGUCCAAUGAGUUCAAUGGACCUUAUUGCAUGAUGGCAAAGGUAGAACGGAUUUGUAGAGACAGUCAGAAGUUGAGAGAUGUAGAACAUAAGCUGCGAAAGUUUAGGACGCUUGUUUAUCGGUUGGAACAAGUUGAUCCUGGAAAGUUGAAGCAUGAGGAGAAGCUAGCCUUUUGGAUUAAUGCGCACAAUGCAAUAGUGAUGCACGCAUUUUUAGUUUAUGGAAUUCCCCAAAGUAGUACAAAAAGAAUGUCUAUCCUACUUAAGGCUGCAUACAAUGUAGGAGGUCACGACAUUAGCAUAGACAUGAUACAGACUUCUAUUCUCGGGUGCCAGUUGCCUCGUCCAGGACAGUGGUUGAGGGUACUAUUUUCUUCAAAAAUAAAAUUCAAGAUUGGAGAUGCCAGGAGGGCCUAUGCACUUGAACACCCUGAACCACGCCUGUGUUUCGCUCUUUGUUCAGGAAGCUACUCAGAUCCUGUGGUUCGUGUAUAUACGUCGAAGAGAAUUUUUGAGGAGCUGGAAACGGCAAAAGAAGAGUACAUUCAAUCAAGUCUCAGUCUACGUAAGGAAAAUAAAAUUCUUCUACCGAGGAUUGUGGAGACUUUUGCAAAGGAUUCAGACCUCUGCCCGGCUGGUUUGGUGGAGAUGGUUGAGCAUUUUAUGCCUGAUUUUUGGAGGAAGAACAUUAGACAGUGUCAACAAAAGAAGCUGAUGAAGAACAUUGAAUGGAUCUCUCACAACUUUGCGUUCCGUUACUUACUUUCAAAGGAAUUAGUCCAAUGAUUCCACUGCUUCUGGAAGGCGAAAAGAGUCUCCACUCUCCACGCUUGGAGGAUAACAUAAAUGAUGUUGUUGCAGUUGCAGGAAUUAUUAGUUGGGUUUGCAGACAUUUUCAUACAGUUUCUAGCCCAUGCCGGCAUGACAGCUUAGAAUGACAGAUGAAUCACAACUGAUCGCUGAUGCUGAUAUUGUGAUAUUGGCUGGCAUGAAUUGAUUCUAUUAAUGGGGAAAAAGCAACAUAUGAUCAGACUGUACACUGAUUUCAUAUCCAUGGAGUCUUUCUUGGUGCUUUUGGAAGCUGGAUAAGCAUAGCCAUGAUUUGUUGUCAUUCUUUACUGUCAUGUAAACCUUAUUUACAAGAGAAGCAUAUGUAUAUGCUAGCUUCUUUUAUUUUAUGAGCAUAUGUAAGCUAGCUUGAUAGAAAUGUUAUUUCUACUUUGUACAUUACUACCUUUUAUUGUGGAAAACUUUGCAAUGCAGAGUCUCUGUUUAGUCUUUACUUUUGGAUAACAGAGGAGGAAAACU